GAUGGAACAUUCAACAUUGAAAAUACGUGGAUCGUUAUUAUUCCGAGAUUGAAAGUUUUGUUAGGAUAUGAAUACAUUCUGAACUUUGUCAGGAAUUCAACAAAGACACGCAUGACCAAUUUUCAUAGACUUGCUUGCGGAGUCUCUAGUUUGUUAAUUCUUCCUAUUUUGAGAUUCAUGAACAGAAAAAUGAUCGAAGGACCCUUCUGUUACAGAUUCUGAAAGGAUUUGUUCAAGACCCAGGUGGGUUUUAGGAUUUUGGAGAUUGAAUGUGUAAGGAGGAGGAGAAUGACGGUCGUGAAGGGAGUAACAGAGAAGAAGGGUGGGAGUAAGAAGACUGUGCUGGUGGGAAUCAGAAAAGAUAACAUUAGCAAACAACUCCUUAAUUGGGCCCUCGUUAAAGUUGCAGAACCAGGGGACACCGUCGUGGCUGUCCAUGUCUGUCGUGAUCCUGAUGUCAAUUCAAAAGAAGACCCUUCAAUGGAUGAUUAUUUAGAAGUUUACAAAGGAUUAUGUUAUGUAAAGCAGGUGACUCUCACAGGGAAAAUCAUACAGGGAAGUUCUGCUCGGAGGGCUUUGGUGAGAGAAACUAAAUAUUGCAAUGCCGACGCUUUAGUUGUUGGGAUUAACUGGCAAAAUCAUCUCCGGGGUUGGUUUUCAAUGGCUAAGUAUUGUGCACAUCGAUUACCAAAAACUACUGCACUACUUGCUAUUGAUAACGGGAAGCUCAUCUUUGAAAGGGGUUCAACUAACCAGCUCCCAGGACUCACUGGAGAUCCAAGGCCAAGUUUGAGUCUUCAAAAUGCAGACUUGGUGCCAGAAAUUGAAUGUUCUGAAGUGGUUGACAACUUGAAACUCCGGACAAGAAAUAGCAGCAGAGACUCUAAUGGUGAUGAUUUAAGUAUUGGUUCUUCGAAUUCAAUGUCUCAAUUAAUGAGAGAGUUAUCAGAUGCAAAGCCUGGUUGGCCCCUUCUCCAUAAAAUUGUUUCAAUGGCUCCAGAAAGUCCGAAAGACUCUGAAUCUAGAAAAAUGUCAGUUGUUCAGUGGGUGAUGAGCCUACCAAGCCGAUCUUCGCCGCCAACGCCUCAAUCCCAGAUGAGUGUUGACUUGGAUCAAACACAAAAUUCUAUUGGAAGAGACAUCGCUAACCAGGGAAGAAGGAGCCAUAAUAAGAGCUUGUCAAUGUCUGAGGAACUACACAGAGAGUUGGAGAUUCUCCUAAACACAAACUCUUCCAGUUGUAGAUGGUUCAGCCAUAAAGAACUGAUGACUGCAACUUCUCAUUUCUCCUCAGGUAAUCUGAUCGGGAUGGGAGGAUGUAGCACGGUAUACAAGGGUUGUCUUUGGGAUGGCAAGCAAGUUGCAGUAAAGGUUAUGAAGUCAUCAAAAGAAGUAUGGAAGGAAUUUGCUUUGGAAAUUGAUAUCUCCUCUUCCCUGAACCACAAACACAUCACAACUUUGAUUGGGCUCUGCAUCAAAGACAAUUUUCUUAUAGCAGUUUAUGAUUUCUUGUCCAAAGGAAGUCUAGAAGAAAAUCUACACGAUAAUAAAGAAAUAUCUGUAUUGUCAUGGGAGGUGAGAUUCAAUGUGGCUGUUGGGGUUGCUGAGGCCCUAAACUACCUACACAAAGAUUGCGUGCGGUCUGUUAUUCAUAGAGAUGUCAAGUCAUCAAACAUACUUCUCUCAGAUAGCCUUGAGCCACAGUUAUCCGAUUUUGGGCUAGCCAUAUGGGCACCAACAUCACCUCAUGUGACACAUAGUGAUGUAGUAGGGACAUUUGGGUAUCAUGCUCCAGAAUAUUUCAUGUAUGGGAAGGUCAGUGACAAGAUAGAUGUUUACUCCUAUGGUGUUGUUCUCCUUGAACUGAUAUCAGGAAGAAAACCGAUCAUCACCGAAUCUCCCAAAGGCCAACAAAGCUUGGUCAUGUGGGCAAAACCAUUACUAGAAAGUGGAGACCUGAAUGGCCUACUGGAUCCAAAUUUUACUGGGAAAGUCGAUGAGGUUCAGAUGCAGAGGAUGGUUCUAGCUGCAGCCCUUUGCCUCACUAGAUCAUCUAGUCGACGUCCCAAAAUGAACGAGAUACUUAAGCUUCUAAGGGGUGAGAAUGAUGUUAAGGAUUGGAUGACCUCCCUUAAAAGUGGUUCCAAAGAGUCAGAUGAUCACGAUGACGACGAUGAAAUUCAACCAGGUUCUGGUGCCGAGUUACAUCUUGGAUUACUUAAUGUGGAUGAUGAUGAUACAUCGUUGAGUAGUACGGGGCAGAACAGUGACCAAUCCUUGGAGGACUAGUUGAAACGAAGAUGGAGCUCCCCAGCCCCUUCUUCCAUUUGCCGUUUCUUCUUCAAUUUUAUUUGAAGACAAUUUUGCUUUGAAUUUGGCACAACGGGACAUGUAGUCUCUCUUUGUACAGUGGAGUGGGGAGAGUGUAGUCUGGCCUUGUAUAGUUUGAGUUGUGUGUAAAAUAGAGGAGUUUGGGGUGUGUGUGUGUGGUGGGGGGGGGGGUUGUAGUUAAAGUGUUGAACCCAUGUUACCCAACUGUUGGGUGAAUUGAAAUGUAAGUCUCAGAGCUUCACAACUUUGAGGAGCUCUGUGUUGUAGCCAUGGGUUCAUGGGCUGAUCCAGGUUACACAAACAAAAAAAAAAAUGUAUAAGAAAUAGGAGCAAUAAUGUCAUUAGACCAAUGCCAAUGUGCUUCUUUUUUAUGUCAAUUUCUUUCCUUUUCUUCACUCAAAAACUUCUAGUUUUGG